GGCGCGACCGGAAGCGGCUUCAGGUGCGUCUUUGUUUACGGCCCGCCGGGCUGGCGGCUCCUUGUCCUCUUGUUCGCUGGGCUCGGACCCGGGGCCGGCCGAACGUCCGCCAGGCCCUCUCUUCGUGCUGCCAGUGGACAGGGAAGCAGACGCAGCCCGGACCCAGCCCCUUCACCGCCCCGGCCUCAGUUUCGCUGUCUGUAAAACGAGGCGGUCACGCCCGCAGGCCUCUUCAGCCCCGGGCCGGGGAUCUCCUCCCCGCUGGCUUUAACAGCUUCCGGGGAUGGCCAGGAUGAAGACAAGCUUAAAUCAGCAGCUGGUUUUGUAGCUCUCUUAAUCUCUUUUGCUUUUCAAUAAUUGGUUUGGAAGAUGAACCCCAACAAUCCUUUUGGGGGGCAGCAAUCAAAUCUGUUCUCCACCCCUCCCAGUGGCUCACUGGGAACAUUUCCGGUUCAGCCACCAUUUCGAUUUGGUCAGCCCUCGCUUUUUGGGCAGAACAAUGUGGGCUCAGGACAGAACACGGGGUUUGCACAGUCCUCUGGCUUUUCCCAGACCUCUGGGGCGACUCAGGCUUCUUCAGGACCUACGGUAGGAUUCCCAUCUGCCUCCAGUAUCAGGCUGUCCUCUGCCCAGGCCCCGGUCCAGGCUCCUGCCCUCCCGGCAGCAGCUGCACCUCCUAGCAAGCCGGGAUUUAGCUUCAAGCCGUCUAGCAAUCUUGGAGCUUUCUCUGGCACCACCAGCUUCGGGCUUAGUAGCGGAGAAGCAUCUGGUGGUAAUUUGGGGCGAUCUGAGUUCAGCUUUAAGACUCCCGAAAAUGCAACAUUCAGACCAAUCUUUGGGGCUGAGGCAGAGCCGGAGAAGACACAGAGCCAGGUCGCUCCAGGUUCUUUCACGUUCUCCCGCCCAGUUAGUAGUGCACCUGAGGCACCAGCCUCCUUUGCGUUUUCCCAGGGGUUGAGCAGCUCAGGCACCAGCCCAAGCUUUACCUUCUCCAGAUCGGCUGGCAACCCCCCCCACUCAACCUUUGCCUCUGCUCCAUCAAGUCAGAAUGUGGAGGAGGAAAAGCGGGGGCCCAAGCCAGUGUUUGGCAGCUCUGGGAGCAGCUUCACGAGCUUUGCGUCACUGGGGUCUGUGGGGGAGCCCUUUUCCACGAGCAAAGCAGCGGGCAAACCAGGGCGGGAUGAUGCUGGCGGCCAAGGCUUGUUGCUAGCUGGGCAUGUGAAAGGGCUGAAAAGGAAAGAAGACCACGACCGGUCCCCCAGGAGACGAGACUACGAUGCCCCCGAUGAUGUGGAGCUCCUGUCACGGGGAGAUCAUCCUCCAGAGAAGCGCCCUCCCCGCCUGGCUCGCCAGCGUGGCGGCGGCUUGUUUGGCCGGACGCUGCAGGACGUGCUGAGAAGCAACAAAGAAAGUGGCCGCCUGGGAAGCAAGGAAGUGAAAAAGGAAGCGAGCGCUUUGGAAUCCAGCGAGAUGGAGCAUGCUGCUCCAGCGGGAGCGGGCCAGUCAGCGCUGUCUGCCCCCCGGCUGAAGGAGGAGGAAAUGGACAGCAAAGACAGCCAGGCAGGGUCUGCCAGCAGGGCCCCCCCUUCCCGCUGGGGGAAGAAGGAGAGUGUGGACAGCUCCAGCAGCUUGUCACAGAGCGAGCUCACCGCCAUUCAGUGCAAGAACAUCCCUAACUACCUCAAUGACAGGGUGGUCCUGGAGAAACACUUUGGCCGAUUUGGGAAGGUGCAGCGCGUCUACCCCCGGCGCAACCGGAAGCUGGCCAUUGUGCACUUCUCUGACCACGCGUCUGCAGCCCUGGCUCGGAAGAAAGGGAAAGGCUUGCAUAAAGAUGUGCUCAUCUUUUGGCACAAGAAAAAAACAAGUCCCAGCAAGAAGGACUUUUCACCAAAGGAGAAACAAUCGAGUGAGGGGGAGGCCAAUCAGAGCUGCGAAGACCCUCCUUUCCAGCGCUCCCCGCUACGCAAACCCCCCCUGAGAGCUGCAGCCAGCAGUAGCGGCAGUCUUCUGAGUAAGAGCUCGCCAGUGAAGAAAUCGAGCCUUUCCAAGUCUCUUCAGUUUGAAGGGGAGCCCUUUGAUUCUGGGCCCGAGGUCCCGAGCUCAGACAACCUGAGCCUGUCGGCGACCACCCUCAGCACCUUGAUGGGGACGGUGGCCGAGACGUCGGAGGACAAGUACCGGCUCCUUGACCAGAGGGAUAAGAUCAUGAGGCAAGCUCGUGUCAAAAGAACCGAUCUGGAUAAAGCGAAAGCCUUUGUGGGGACGUGUCCAGACAUGUGUCCCGAGAAAGAGCGCUACAUGAGAGAAACCAGGAACCAGCUGAGUUCUUUCGAAGUUCUCCCUGGAACGGAUCAGGUGGACCACGCGGCAGCGAUAAAAGAAUACAGCCGAUCCUCGGCUGACCAGGAAGAGCCCCUGCCUCAUGAGCUGCGUCCCUCGGGGGUGCUCAGCAUGACCAUGGACUACCUUGUCACCCAGAUUAUGGACCAGAGGGAAGGGAGCUCGCGUGACUGGUACGACUUUGUGUGGAACAGGACCCGUGGAAUACGAAAGGACGUCACUCAGCAGCACCUCUGUGACCCCCUGACAGUGUCACUGAUUGAAAAGUGCACCCGCUUCCACAUCCACUGUGCUCACUCGCUGUGUGAAGAGCCCAUGUCCUCCUUUGAUGCCAAGAUCAACAAUGAGAACACAACCAAGUGUCUGCAGAGCCUCAAGGAGAUGUACCAGGACCUGGCCAACAAGGGCGUUUUUUGUGCAAGCGAAGCAGAAUUCCGAGGCUACAAUGUCCUGCUCAAUCUCAACAAGGGAGACAUCCUGAGAGAGGUGCAGCAGUUCCGGCCCGACGUCCGGAACUCACCAGAGGUGAAGUUUGCAGUGCAGGCCUUCGCGGCCCUGAACAGCAACAACUUUGUCAGGUUCUUCAAGCUGGUUCGGUCCACCUCCUACCUGAAUGCCUGCCUCCUGCACUGCUACUUCAGCCAGAUCCGCAAAGAUGCAUUGCGGGCUCUCAAUGUGGCUUAUACGGUGAGCACUCAGAGGUCCACCAGCUUUCCCUUGGAUAACCUGGUGCCCAUGUUACUGUUCAGAGACGCUGAGGAAGCGACCGACUUCUUGAGUUACUACGGCCUGAGUGUGUCUGAUGGCUGUGUUGAGCUUAAUCGGUCUGCGUUCUUGGAACCCGAGGGCUUGUCCAAGGCAAAGAAGUGCACUUUUAUCACAGAGAAGCUCACUGUCUCAGUGGGAGAAGUGGUGAAUGGGGGGUUGCUACCCCCCAUCCCUUGUCACAUCCCAAUGUGCAGCUUCAAUGCACAGAACAAAUAUGUGGGGGAGAGCGCGGCCCCUGAGCCUGCUCCGAGUGGACAGAAGCCCAGCGUGGAUGGUGGAGGAGGCGGGAAGGUGGAAGAAGCCAACCCUGGGACGGAGGUGCUGGCAUUCCGUGGCCCGUCGCAGCCCCUGCUCGUUCCCCCGGCUCAGCCGCUGCAGACCCAGACUGCCGGGCCACCGCCAGCCCUCGUAGCCCCUGCACCUGCCCCGUCGGCUGCCCCGUCAUCUCUGUUCCAGCCCGUCGGGCAGCCUGAGCCACCUCCUCCCAAGCCGCGGCCUACUUACACUGACAUGGACCUUGUGGGAGUCGUCGAAGACCUCAUCCAGGACGUCCUCAGAAGCUACUGCAAAGAAAUUGGCCAGGCCGGAGCUGCCUACGUGGCUGCAGCCUUGGGGGCUUCCAAGAUGGCCACGGAGGAACUCUUGGCCGCAACAACAGCGGACAUGUUGAGGCAGGUCGCUGCUGAAGAAGCGAACAAAGAAAGAGAAAGAAUUAAGGAAGUAGAGAGAAGAGCCCAAGAGCAAAGACGGAGACGUGAGAGAGAACGCCUGCUGGCCCAGCUAAGCCAGGUGUUGGCGGCCGAGCUGUUGAACCUCGUGGUGGCCGAGUGUGUGCGGGAAAUCUCCUCGCGGGAGCUGAAGAGUGCGGUGGAGACAGAGAGGAGGGCUCGCGUGGCCCGUUGUUCUGAAGAUGUCUGGGAUCGUCUCAUGGACUUGUUCUUAGAGGAGGAGAUUUUCCAGAGUGCCCGAGAGACCCUGCAGGAACUUCAGUGCUUCUGUAAAUACCUGCAGCGGUGGAGAGAAGCUGUCAUAGCCCGGAAAAAACUCAAGAGACAGAUGAGAGCAUUCCCUGCGGCCCCCUGUUGUGUGGAUCUCAGCAACAGACUGCAGGCCUUGUCCCCCAGUGCCGAGUGUCCGAUUGCUAAAGAGAACCUGGCCAAGGGAGUCCUGAAUCUGGGGCACGCAGGGAAGCUGGGGGUCUCCUGCACCAGGUUACGAUGGAUGAGAAACAAGACAAUCCACCAGAUGAAGGUUCAGUAUUUCUACCAGCAGCUACUGAGUGAAGCCGUGUGGACUCCUCUGGACCUGCCAGCCCUUAUUGCUGAGCAUUACCCUGGGCAGAGGGAGCAGGUGUUCUGGAAGCUGGUGUUGGUGCUGCCCGACAGUGAAGAGCCUGCCUCUGUUUCUGAUGGUAGGAUUCUAGCAAACUGGCUGAAAGUCAAGUUCAUGGGCUAUGAAGACUUACAAAAUGGCACCUGUUGUGCUUCCGAGGGGAUCCAGACGCUCACCCUGCUGAAUGCCUGUGCCACUAAAGGCAGUCGGACGGUCUGGGUCCAUGUGUGCAUUAAGGUGGCCCAUGGCCUGCUGAGUGAUUCAGCUCUUGACACCGCCGAGACGCAGAAGGAGCUUCUGGGCACCAGUGGCCUGCUCUUCCUGCUGCCCGCCCCAGGGAAGAGCGCCGCGCUGGCCGAGGAGGACGCCUACUGGCUCGCGGCCCUGCUGCAGCUCAAACAGCUGCUGCAGGCAAAGCCCUUCCACCCCCUGGUGCCACUGGUGGUUCUGGUGCCCGGCCAGGAGGGGGCUGCCGUGAGUGAAGUGGAGGAAGGUCUGAUGCUCCAGGACUUGGUUUCGUCACAGCUCAUUUCAGAUUACAUCGUUGUGGAGAUCCCAGCCACCGUCAGUGACCUACAGGGCACCAGCAGGGUGUCCCAGGCUGUGAAGUGGCUGGUGUCUCACUGCCCCAGCUCCCUGGAGCUCUGCUGCCAGACUCUGCCGCAGUACAUUGAGGACGGCAUCAGCCGUGAGUUCAGCGACCGCUUCUUCUAUGACCGCAAGGAGCGGCGUGUGGCCGGCCUGCCCUCUCAGGAGCCCAGCGCCAUCAUCGAGCUCUUCAACAGUGUCUUGUACUUCCUGGCCGAGGCGGCCUCCUCUGAGCAGCUCUGCCACCUGUCCUGGCCCAUCACCGAGUUUGCAGAGCCGGGGGGCAAUAAGGUGCUUCCUCACCUCCAGUGGAAUGAGCCCAGCCACCUGGCCUGGCUGAAGAAGGUCAUGCUGUCCUUCCAGCUGCCCCACAUGGACCUUCCCCCCCAGGGAGCUCCCUGGCGGCUUGUGUGCACCAUGAUCUUCCAGUAUGUGUCCCAGAUUCCAAGCUGUGGCCAGACUCAGCCCAUCCUUCAGUCACAGGUGGAGAACCUUCUGAGUCGAACAUACACCAAGUGGAAGAACAAGGCCGUGUGGACCUUGGGAGAGAUGGGCCCCUCAGUGGACGAGAUUCCAUGGGAUGACCUCAUAGCUCUGUGUGUCAACCACAGGCUGCGGGAUUGGAAGCCACCCAGACUGCCCGUCAUGUCAGAGGCUCUGAGUGAAGAUGGCCAGAUCUGCGUCUACUUUUUCAAAAGCCAUUUAAAAGGCUAUGAUGUCCCUGGGUCCUGGGAACACGCCAGGCUGCAGACCCAGAGAGAGGCCCAGCGACAUGGACGAGGACGUUUGGGCACGAGGCCUUUGCCAUCACCUACCAAGGGCUUCUUCUCUUCAUGGUUCCACGUUCCCUAUGGCAGGACCAGGGGCCCAGAGAGCGGCUGCGCUGGCCACGUGCCAGACGCUGAGGAGCUCGCCCGCACGGCCUCAGCCUCAGAGCUGCUGCCGGGGCGCCUGUCUGCCAGCCUUCAGCUGGAGAAGGAGGAGAGCAGGAGGUUCGAGGACCAGCUGCGUCAGUGGCUGGCUGGAGACCCUGAGCAGGGGCCAGAUUCAAGCCCCCUCCCCCUGUACCUUCCUCAAGCUCUCGUAUCAACGCCCCAGACGCUCCGAGGGUCGGCGACCACGAGCCCCCAGGACGAGAAGAUCAGUGACCGGCGGCAGCAGUCCCCGGAGACGGACGUGUCUUUGGCUGACAAACUGAAACGCUUGGAAAACCUGCUCCAAAGGACGAGAGAGGAGGAGCUGGUCUGUGAGCGUCACCUCUCCACGCUGUUGGACAUGGUGGACAUUUGACAAGACCCCCGGGGGGGGCCUCUUCCCACAAGGGGCCGCGCUUGAUGUACACAUAAUAAUGUUCUCUGCAGGUGCUCGACCAGCAGCUGGGACUGUGGCUGUAAAUCAUGGAAAUAAAGAGUGUGACCGCA